AUGGCUAGAGUGAUGUUAUGGUUUCUUGUUUCCUUGUAUCUAUGCCUCAUUGGUCAUAUGAUUGCCGACGCUGCAAGAGAAGGUGCCUCCAUGAGGAAUGACGCAAACCCCAGUGAGAUUGCAAGAGCAAGUGCGCUCAUGAAGAAUGGAGCACACUCCAGUGAGAUAGUAAAGAGUAUCCGACACGUAUCCGGAUUUAAGGGUGAACUCACAGCUGGUGGUUAUGGAGGGGGAGGCCCAGGCUAUGGUGGUGGAUACGGGCCAGGUGGGGGUGGUGGUGUUGUGAUCGGUGGUGGAUUUGGCGGUGGUGGUGGGUAUGGGUCCGGUGGUGGUUUGGGUUGGGAAGGAGGCAACGGCGGAGGUGGUCCUGGAUACGGGUCAGGCGGUAUUGGUGGUGGAGUCAUCAUCGGCGGGGGUGGUGGUGGUGGCGGGUGUGGCGGUUCAUGCGGUGGUGGAGGAUAUGGACACGGCGGAGCUAGCAGGAAGGAAUCAGGCAAAAACUAGA